CCGUAAGUUUAGCGUUGCGCGGUGACAGACUUUCUCUGUUUCUGCUGCAUGCAACCGAAACCUUCUAUUUCCCAUCAAGCUACACAUCGACCAAACCAACAAUGGCCGAGCCGAAAAAUGGCAGCGCUUAUGGCGCACCUGCCAGCGAUACUGACUUUCGAAAAAAUUGGGAUUUGGACGAAUAUGCCGCCAAGGCCAAAGAGCGCGAAGCUAAGGAGAAGGAUGAAGCGAAGGCGCGAUAUGAGGCAAAGCUUGCAGGCAAAAAAUACUACAAACCGCUUACGGGCAACGAAACAUAUACGUCGGCGAGGCGAGAUAUUCUCGAUGUAACAGCACAAGUGGGAAAGACCCAACUCGUUGCGGCUGGCGCUGGCGUCGGCAAGCGAGGACGCAGUGCUGGUUUCUACUGCGAAGCCUGCGACCUUACGUUCAAAGACAACAAACAAUAUAUCGAACACAUAAACACCCCUCAGCAUCUCUUUAACACAGGCCAAACAACAGAAGUCAAGCGUGCAACGGUGGAGGAGGUACAUGACAGAAUUACCUUUUAUAUUCAACGCAAAGCCGACUUGGAGAAGGAAAAGACGAUCAGCUUGCAAGACAGACUACAGAUUCGCGAGGAGGAGAAUGAGAAGGAGGCCGAAGCAAAACGACUGAAACGACGUGAAGAAGCCGAGAAGAAGAGGAUGGCUAAAGAAGAGGCUGCCAAGGUGAAGACGGAAUACGGCGACGACGUUCGCAUUGACGGUGAACAUGAUGAAGAUGACAUGAUGGCGCAAAUGGGAUUCACGGCGUUUGGAACGUCUAAAAAGUGAGCAAGUUAGUUAUUUUUAUUUGGUCGGCAGAGAGAGUCUGCUAUUCUGCAUACAUUGUACAUUACGAUAUCUUUGGCUAGCACGUUUGAAUACCUGGCGACAAACGCCAUGCCUCCCAAUCUGAUUUAAGUCGAACUAUUAAAGCCCUAAAAUAAGUGAAUCAAGUAGCAAUUAU